UCAUACAGGUAAAACAUUUUGAACUCAGGUGAAUCACAACAAAAAUGGCGUCUGGGAGAACGAAUUCCAAUGCUGGAGUAGGAAGACCCAGAGGAUGGAUGUUCUGGGCUGCGUAUGUAUUAGGAAUUGCAGCUUUCUUGUUUGUUUUCAUUGCCUUUGCAUCGCCAUAUUGGUACAAAUCUUGGAGUCGAGUUCACAGUCCCUUGGCGAAUGUCGGAUUGUGGCAUAUUUGUUUAUCAGGAUGGGUGAAACCUUACGAUCCUUCCAUGAGAUCCUACGUUGGAUGUUGGUGGAUACAUUCAACAUUCUUUGAAGAUGUAUAUGAUUUGAUAAUGCCACCCUGGUUCAGAGCAGUACAAGCCUUGGUAAUAUUCACACUACUGUGUAACUUGGGAGCAUUAGCUAUUCUAACAGCUUAUAUAUGUGAUAUGUAUGGAUCACAUUUCUAUGACAACAGGAGACCAAAGUUAUUUUUCCUCAGUAGCAUUCUUUUGUUUGCUGCAGGUGGUUUGGUGUUAAUUGUUUCCCUCGUUUUUGCUGAGAAAUCUAGAGAUGGAUCAUGGAUGCCAAGACCUUGGCUGAAUUAUCUUUCAUUUUCUUUCGGAUGUAAUGUCAUGAGUGGCUUUGCGUCAGCAUUUGCAGGAAUGAUCAUGUUUAUUAAAGCCACAGAUAUAAGGAAAAAGCCAGACAAGAAAGAACCAGACGGUAUGGAAUUUGAAGAAAAGGUGGCUCCAAGUCAAGCUAGUGGCUCAGCUUACCUGCCACCAAUGAAAUCAGUUUACCCUGCACCACAAAGGAUGCCACAACCAAGUUAUUAUUCAGGACCACCAAGAUCACAUGUGUCUUCAAGAGACAAUGCUCCCAGUAUUUCAAGCUCUGGAUCAGUCUUCCCACCUCCACCUAUGCCUGCACAACCAAUGUCUGGGGCAAAUGGAUCUGACAAAAAAAGUGAAUCUUUCGUAUAGUCAUAUUAAGAAUUGUUGCAUGUACAUUUUUGUAAAUGGAUUUUAUACAUAUCAAAAGAUAACUGUAUAUAUAUUGUAUAUAGUAAAUUUGCUUUAAGAGUAGCCAUAAUUCUGUUAACUCUUGUAAAGAUGAAACUUGCUAGUCAUUUGACAGAAGGCUCUAGUUUUCACAUAUUCUUUAACAGUAAUGUUUAACAUGCUUUUAAUCGAAGGUAUAAUUACUGUAUAAAAUUAUGUGUUGAUAUUGAUUUAACAUUCCAUAGAGUUAUGGCUAUACUUAAAUUAUAUAAUUAAGUGCCAUUUUGUAUUCUUAUGAAUACUGGAAAUUCAGAAGUUAUUGUGAGGUUUUUAGUAAUGCAAAUAAUGGCGACCAAGUGAGUAUAGCAAUAAUAAGAACUCACAUUCUGAUAUCUGAUACAUAUAUCUGUAUACAGAUUUUCCUAAAGUGGCAAUAAUUAAUCUCACAUUUUUGUCCAUUCCUCAAAAAUUAAAGAUUGUUGAGUGAGUGGAAUAUCAAAUUGAAAAACUAACCAUAUUCACCAGUAUUUCUAAAAUUUCUUAAAGGGAGGUAACUAGAGUUAUGUCAUUCUGCAGAUAUAAUUUCAAGCAAAUAUAUUGUGGCAUUAAUUUUGAUAUUUUUACAAUAUAUGUGUUUGAUUAUAUUUCAUAUCAGUUAAGCUGUAACAAAUUUAUAACAUUUAUAUAUAGUAAUAACAAAGAAACAAGUGACAUGAUAUUGACUUUUAUCAUAUCUGCACCUAACAGUACACAUUUGGAUCCACAUCUCCUGUACCAGAAUUAAAUGAAACCUUCUCAGAAUAUUUACCAAAUAGAUGCCAAUGUGAACAUACUGUUUUGCAUUUUGAUUCGAAUUAUUUUUGGGGUUUCCCUUAGCAUAUCAUGGACUUUGCCAUUGCAUUAUCUGGGUGAUACCAUUUUGUAUCCAGAACUCCUAAAAAAAACCCUAUUAGAAAUUAGAAUUUAUUGAAACUUUUUCAGAAUCUGAACCAUAUAAUAUCAUUGUUCACCUUUUAUUUUGAUUUUUGAUCUGCAUUGUUAUUGGGGGUUUCCUAAAGCAAACCGUAGUCUUAUUCAUUUUUUUAUGUGGGGAGGUGUGCUUGGCUUACCAUCUCUAGUUUUCUUAAAUGGUUUAUGAUGUUUAUAAGUGUUAAAUUAAUGAAAAUAGCCAGUUGAGCUUUCAAAGUUAAGAAUUUUAAGGACAAUUAAGCAAGAUAUUAAUAAUGCAAACCAGAAUGUUAAUUUGUUUUUGUGGUAAACAUAAUUUUGUAUUAAUUUGUGUGUGAUCAGAGAACUUCUAAUAGUAUCAUUAUUGUAAAUUUUUGUGGUGAAUUAGUGUUACCUUUGAUAUAUUAAGGGCAUAUAUAUUAUUUUCAAAACAAAGUUAUACUUUAAAUUCACGAAUUAUUGCUAGGUUUUUAUUAAAACGAAUAAUGCAACUGUGUGAGUGUCACAAUUAUAAAAACUCGCAUUCUGAAUUCCAUACAUAUAAAAUAAUAUUUGUAUGCAGAUUUUCCUGAAAUCGCAAUAAUUAAUCUCACAUUUUUGUCCAUUCUUCAAAAGUCGCAAAAAUAAGUGCAUGCAAUAAUUUCUGAAUUUACAGUAUAUGCAAGAUUCAAACAAAUAACUCACAACAUUCACAGCCAUUAAAAGAGUUUCAAGUUUGAACAACAUAAAUAAAAUUUUAUUGCAGUUUUUAAAAAUGAAAAUUUAAAGCAAAAUAUAUAACAAAAUAAUAGAACAUUUUCAGAUGUAAUAACCAUGCAGCAACAGUAACUAUUUGUUUUCAUGUCGCUCUUGUCUAAGAUCUACUUUCCACCAUUUAACAAAUUUUUCAUUCACCUGUAUUUUUCCUCAACAUUUUAUAUAUUUAUGUUAAACAUUCCACUAUAAUUGUAUACCAUGUUAGAAAUUUCUCACUUUUUUUACACUGUAAAUAUCAUAUAUUGGAUAAAACUAUGUAAUUAUGCAUUCUAAAAGAUAUUUUUACCAAUGGAUCAUAAAACAAUAAAUAUAUAAAGAA